AUGUCGGCGUCAACAGAUCCUUCUCUUCCUUGGUACCCUAGGCUCACCACCGUCUCCCAAACCUCGCCUUCUCUAACCUUGGUUGCAAUAGCUUUCCAUUCCUUUUGGCCAAACUGUUCUCUCCCUUCCUCAGGCCCAAGGUCAACAAUGGCACUUAGUAUUGUGAUGUAUAGGUUCCAUAUCUUGAUCUUCAGGUUUGCGGAUGCUGUUGCAAUUGGUGCGAGUGAUGUUGAAGUCCCGCCGCCCUCCGUGCUCUGCAGCCCAUUUUCCUGGCUUCUCGACGGUGUAAUGAUCGGUGUAAGUAGCGAGAGAGACUCUUGGAGCCUGCGAGUGAGGAAGAGCUGUGAAGCCUGCUUGUAUACUUGUGAUAUUUGCUUGCUAGACAUGGGGGAUGAUGUCGAGGAAGAAAUGUAUGAUUGA